AUGAAAAUAACUACGUUGUGGAAUAUAGCUAUGUUUGCAAUUUUACUUAGGAAUGUGGUGCAUAUUUUUUUGGUAAAAUUUGCACGUACACAGGAAAGAGGUAAAUUUUCGGCUUCCACAUUAUGGACAUUUUUUAAAAAUAGUGAAGAUGUAUAUAAAAGAAAAAUCCUUGCAGAACAGGAAGAGGAUACUAAGAAUGAUUUUUUAAUGAAAUUUAUAAUAGAUAACAAUGUGAGUAUUUCGGACGGUUUUCUGUCAUUAGUCGAUAUAAAAAUUCUGGAGGAUAUAGAUGAGAAAGAAAAGAAAAUAAAUGAAUCUAUACCUAUAAAAAAAGACACAAAGGAGGAAGAAGAACAAAAGGAAAAAAAAAGGAGGAGAUAUAGAGCAUGUUGCAAAUUAUUAGGCAGACAAUGCAAUAAGCACAAUAAAACGAAAAAAAAUCCGUUGACAAAAGAACAAACAGAAGCCACUAUUGUAGAAGAAGAUGAAGAAGAAGUAGAAGAAACACCCAAGAAGAAAAGAAAAGAGGGAGGCCAAAAUACAGCAGCGUCUAUAUAUUAUAAAAACAAACUUCGCUUCUCUACUUGGAGAAGGCCAAGUGACUUAGAAGAAAAUAACUCGAACUUAGAAGACCCAGUAUUUGUUCCAAAAGUACCGAAACGUAAAUACCGAAAUGUAUUUUUAACUAAAUAUGAGAAGGAAUUGGCAAAGCAGAAACAUAGUAAACUUCAGGAAAUAUAUUCAUAUAAGAAGAGCUCUUCUACUGAUAAAGAAAUUAGUAAACUUCAAGAUCCUGGGGUUAGUAACGCACCUUCAGACAAUGAACAAUUGAGUAAAAACAAACCAACAAUAGAGCCUAAUGUUGAGUCUGAAAAAAGCAAACUUAACUUACAGGAUGAUAGUACUUCAAGUGAGGUAAAAUCUGAAGGAAACACUAAUGAGGAGUAUUUUCUAGAAAAUAUAUAUAAAGAAUAUUCAGAUAGCUCAAAAAGUUCAGAUUCCUCUCAUGAUUUAUGGGCGGAAACUGAAAAUGAAGAGAACACAGGUUCAGACACAGACACAUCAUGCGAACCAUUGGAACGAAAUGAAUUGUAUAAUUUAAAACAUCAUUAA